AUGAGACCGCUGACCACGUCACGAAUACCCUCGUUAUCAGGGCGCUCCAUCCUUUAUACUUCUUCUCGAUGGCGACAAGGACGAUUGCAGUGCUUUUCGUCCAGUGCACGCCGGCCCUGUUCGUGCUCAGCGCCGUCUGCGAACCCUGUCACAGCCUCGAAAACGUUACGGCGGCCACCAUCUGCCGACAAUGAAACGGACUACCGGGCUCUAGGGACGUUCCAAGACCUGUUCACCUCGUCGCUGUACAGUCCUGGGUCACCUCUGUUUCUCCCGAACGGCACACAUGUGAUCAACAAGCUCAUCGGGUUCCUCCGCACGCAAUACCUCCAGUACGGGUUCCGCGAGGUACUGACGCCGACCAUCUACAAACGCUCGCUGUGGGAGAUCUCGGGCCAUUGGGUGAACUACAAGGAUGAUAUGUACGAGGUGCGCGGACGAGGGGCGACGGGCGAGGCCGAGGGAGAGGUCGGCGAGGAUGAGUCGUACGGUCUGAAGCCGAUGAAUUGCCCCGGCCACUGCCUGCUGUUCAAGUCGCAGAAACACUCCUUCCGAGAACUACCGGUGCGAUAUGCAGAUUUCAGCCCUUUGCAUCGGAAUGAAGUGUCCGGGUCGUUGUCGGGGUUGACUCGCGUGCGGCGAUUCCAUCAGGACGAUGGCCAUAUCUUCUGUCGGCCGCAGCAGAUCAAGGGGGAGAUUGCAUCGGCCUUGGGCUUCGUCGAAAUGGUCAUGAACACUUUUGGGUUGCAGUCUUAUCGGCUGGUACUGUCUACACGACCGGAGAAGGAUUUCAUCGGGAGCUUGGAGCUGUGGAACAGCGCCGAAGCCCAGCUGCGAGAGGCCCUGGACAAUACCGGUCGGCCCUGGACACUGAACAAGGGCGACGGAGCAUUUUACGGUCCCAAGAUCGACAUUCAGAUCCAGGACAAGGCCGGCAAAUACCACCAGCUGUCGACAAUCCAGCUCGACAUGAAUCUUCCGCAGCGGUUUGGUCUAGAGUACCAGGUCUCGGAGAGGGAGCCGGAGUAUAAUCCGGAAACACCCGGGAAAGCGACGCCAGUGCUGAUUCACCGGGCUAUCUUCGGCUCGCUAGAGCGCUUUCUCGCCAUCUUGAUCGAGCAGUAUGCCGGUCGCUGGCCGUUCUGGAUGUCUCCCCGCCAGGCGAUCAUCCUAACGGUCAACCGGACGGAGGAAGUUGUACGCUACGCUGAAAUGACAGCUGCCAAAAUUGCUGGCUUCCGUGCGCUCCAGCAGACGGACGGUGCGACAGUCCCCAAGCCCCUGUCUUCGGUAGACUCCACCUUUGUCGUCGAUCUCGACACUAGCAGCCAGACGCUGAGUAAGAAGUACCAACGUGCGAAGCAGAUGAAGUACAAUCUUAUUUUCGUUGUGGGCCACAAGGACGUCCAAGGCCAGCAAGUCACAGUCGACGUCACCGGGCAGCUUCCCAGCAUGUCAGACCAGCAGGUCCUGGACCUGGAAGAGCUGCUUGAGACACGGUUCAGGGACCAGGCGCUCCGCAAGCCAGAAGCUUUCACAGCGCCCGUGGAUGAAGUCCACGAUUUCCUCGUCCAGCUGGAGAAGCGUUUCAUGUGA